CAUUGCCCUGCUCGGGGUUGAGGGUCUGAGGCAGCUGCGGGGUCGGAGGACCCGGCUGUCCCCGAGCAUCAUGUUCCAGGACGGGCAGAAGUGCUGCCGACGGGGUUAAAAGAGGCAGUCUGCGAGCGAGGAACGCUUCUUUAUUUUACCGCUCCGAGUGGGCAUGGGGUCCCCUCGGUGAUGACCGACGCGGUGGUGGGUGGCAGUGCUGACCGCUGGAUGUGCCCCGGUGACAGAACCAUGUCCCUCAGAGCCAGCAGCGAGAAGGAGCAAUGGGCAGCUCGGGGCGGGCAGCCCGAGAGGCAGCGCAAGGGAGAGGAGCUGACGGAUGAGGAGAAGGAGAUCAUCAACCGCGUGAUCGCCCGUGCUGAGAAGAUGGAGGAGAUGGAGCAGGAGCGCAUCGGGCGUCUGAUGACCCGGCUGGAAGACAUGCGCCGCAGCGUGCUGGGGGAUGGCGUGAACCGCUGCAUCCUCUGCGGGGAGCAGCUGGGGCCACGUGGCUCUGCCUGUGUUGUCUGCGAGGACUGCAAGAAGAACGUCUGCACCAAGUGUGGCGUUGAGACAACCAACAGCCGUCCCCACCCCAUCUGGCUGUGCAAGAUCUGCAGUGAGCAGCGGGAGGUCUGGAAGCGGUCUGGCGCUUGGUUUUUCAAGGGAUUGCCCAAGCAGAUGCUGCCCCAGCCGAUGCCUGUCAGCAAGAGCAAGGUGCCCCCGGCCCCCAGUGAGCCCAGUCCAGCUGAGCCACCAGCCCCAGACCCAAAGCUGCCAUCCCGCACACCUGGUCGGGGCCAGGCAGACGAACAGGACCACUGUGGCAGUGAGGUGACGAUGGCAGCCCGGGUCCGCAAGCCGGCUGAGGGCAGGAUGGGGCCAUGUGGCAGUGAAGACACGGAGAGCCGUGAUCCCACCAUCGAGAGUGGGGUCAGCAGGAGCCCUGGUGUGAAGAGAGCCAACUCCAUGCAAACCAACUCCACACCACCCCCACGGCCACCCGCUGCCACUGUCAGGCCAGCAGCACCUGCAGUGGCAAGACCAGGUCCUGGGGCAGCUGGCCGCAUGCUGGAAACACAAGCAAGCCCACCGCCGGGACCCCCGGAACCAGCCCAUGCAGCCCCCAAGGAGGAGCGGGCUGGGGGCUACACUGCACCCCCAGCUCGGGAUGAGAGGCCAGCCCGACCCCCUGGAGCCCCACAGCCCCCAGCCCCAUUGCGACAGCCACCCCCAGAGGAGGAGGAAGAAGACGCCAACAGCUAUGACUCUGAUGAAGGCACCACGCUGGGAGCGCUGGAGUUCAGCCUGCUGUACGACCAGGAGAACAGCGCCCUGCACUGCACGCUCAUCCGUGCCAAGGGCUUGAAACCGAUGGACUCAAAUGGCCUGGCAGAUCCUUAUGUAAAGCUGCACCUCUUGCCUGGGGCCAGCAAGUCAAAUAAGCUGAGAACAAAGACCCUACGCAACACCCGCAACCCAGUGUGGAAUGAAACCCUGGUGUAUCAUGGCAUCACGGAUGAGGACAUGACACGGAAAACACUCAGGAUCUCCGUGUGCGAUGAAGACAAAUUUGGCCACAAUGAGUUUAUUGGAGAAACUAGAGUUUCCUUGAAAAAACUCAAGGCCAAUCAGAAAAAGAACUUCAACAUCUGCUUGGAGAGAGUAAUACCAAUGAAGCGUGCUGGAACAACAGGCUCGUCUCGCGGGAUGGCUCUGUAUGAGGAGGAGGUGGAUCGCGGUGGGGACGUGGAGGAGCGUGGCAAGAUCCUGGUGUCCCUCAUGUACAGCACCCAGCAGGGAGGCCUGAUUGUGGGCAUCGUGCGCUGCGUGCACCUGGCAGCCAUGGACGCCAAUGGGUACUCAGACCCCUUCGUUAAACUUUGGCUGAAACCUGACAUGGGAAAAAAGGCCAAGCAUAAGACCCAGAUUAAAAAGAAAACAUUGAAUCCUGAGUUUAAUGAGGAGUUUUUCUAUGAUAUCAAACACAGCGACCUGGCCAAGAAGUCCCUGGACAUUUCUGUCUGGGAUUACGAUAUCGGCAAAUCUAACGACUACAUCGGCGGCUGUCAGCUCGGCAUUACGGCAAAGGGGGAGCGCUUGAAACACUGGUACGAGUGUCUGAAGAACAAAGACAAGAAGAUUGAGCGCUGGCACACCCUCCAGAAUGAGAACCACGUUGCCAGUGAUUAAAGGCAGCCACAGCUCAGUCCUGCACCCCUCCUGUAGGUCUGUCUGUCUUCCAGUGCAGCCAUGCCUUGCUACGCGCCCUGGGCAGCACCGCUGCUCUGCCUCCUCCAAGCAUCCUUUGUGCCCCAGUCUCACCUCUGUGUGAAAACAAAUCCAGAUCUUUUACAUUCACUUGCUUUUCUUUUGGGUCAUCCAAUUAUCCCAGCGUGCAGUUUUGUCAAGCAAUAGUUACAGUGCCCAUCCCUUUGCCUCUUUCUCAGUAGUCUCACGCGUGCUGCCGUAGUGUUGGUGUGUGUGACAGCACGUGUCCCAUUGCCCCAGCUCACUGCUCCAUCCCAGUGCAGGAUGUAUGGCCCCUGAAUCCACUGCACUUGGAGCACGGAUGUGGCAACAGUGGAUAGUUCUGCUUGCUGGGUGCUGAUACUGAAAAAUUUGGCUUGAUGUGGGUUGUAACUAUCAUUCGGUAUUCAGAGCAUGUGUCACAGAUGUCACCCUCUGAGCACGGAUUGAGCUUUUGAUUUGCUCCACGUGGGCAAUAUCGCAGUGCAUCUUUCUGAAUUUCUGCUGGGAAGAUCCACCAGCUGUACAACACUGGUAGACACAUGCAGGGAUCCAUCCUGUGCUUGCAGGGAAGCAUAGGCUGGGGCUGGUUAGGGUGAGCUGAGGGCAGCAUGGGGCUUUGCUGCUGUCCUGCUGUCCAAUGCAGUUGGGCUGCCCCAACAUUGGAUGCACCGUGCAGGAGGGAAGCCAAGGGAGAAGAAAUUUCCCACCAACUAGCUGUUAUGUUCAUAGAUUGUUGCUUUAAAAUACCACAAACACUGACAGCAGCUGCCACAGAUAGAGGUCUUCCAACUUUUUCGUUUUUGGAUGCGUAUAUUUUUUGGUUAUAGUUUUUGCAAGUCUGCACAAGAUCUGUUGUCUUCAAGAUCUGUUGUCUACAAGCUGUGCUUUAACGAUUGUCUGGAGGUGUUUUCUUUGCUGUCUCUAGCAGAGAGCCGCAGUGCUCUCAGACUGAUACCCUUCACUUCUGUUUCCAUCCUGCUUCCCCUGCUGUCUCCGGACAACCUCAAGCAUAGCAACAUCACUGAGCAGUGCUGGGUUGUCCUUUUGGUCAACCACAACCCGCGCAUGCUGUGCAAAACCAGGCUCCAGCCCCUCUGGCUGUGCUGCUGCCCCAUGCACCUCGCUGCUGUGUCCUGCUGUGCUCUAGUCCAGCUGUACUGCAGAGCUUCCUUGUCACUGAGAUGAAUUAUUUUCCUAUUCUUGAAAUAUAUAUAUAUAUAUUUAAAAUAUUUUUAUUUCCAUAACCCCCAAGGAAUGGGGGAAUGCUGGGGAAACUUCUGAAGUUACCUUUAAAAAAGAACAAAUGAAAUCAAAUCUAAGCAACUCCUUUAUUCCAGCCAUGCAGCAGCCCACCCUCCUUUGUGCGUGCAGAGCUAUUAAAUUAAGGUUGCUUUUACCGAAGUAGCUUCCUCCUGUGUCCUGUAUCAAUGUGCCCUGCUCUCCCUUCAGACAACCGAUGCUCAACUCAUCUCUUGGCACCCAUGAAAAUAAAUAAAGUGCAACUUGCUGGUCCCACUCUGGGUAUUGUGCAAACCACAGUCCUUGUCUCUGUUUGCCACUCUCCUCUGAGUUUUUUCUGAUGGUAAUUUCUGCCCUGAAUGACUUUCUUUUCGUUGUAAAUAAAGCAUGCACGUAUGGAUGGGGAAUGGUACAGCAACAACAAAAAGAACAAAAUGAAACAAAAAGCCUCUUCUACUGCUGUUUGCAUUCCAACUUGCAUGCAGUGAUUUUACAGCAAAAUAUCAGUUUACAAAUAUUAACAGAAAGAGAAAAUGUUACACAGGAACUAGAAAUACUCCAGUCUUCCGCUGCAUGCAGCACAACAUCCUCUCUUGGUGUGGUAUCUAAUAAAGUGAGACUAUUGGAA